CACAUGCAUUUACCCUUGAAUUCAACACUCUCUGACAAAUGAAUGGGAAACGUAACAAAACAAAUAAGAGAAAAACUUUCUCAAACCCCCCAUUGUCAGCUGCUCAAGAACAGGCCGACAGCCGAACCAGCUGAUUGGUUUAUCGUACAUCUUAUUCGUAUUCCUUUUGCAGCAAGUCAAGAAGUGGAAGAUUUUCUUGGGUGUGUUUUCGCAGAGAAUGUUGCAGAGAAAAAUAAAUGCAAAUUAACUUAAAAAUUCGGACAUUCGUUAAACAUAAUUAGAUCCUACUAUGUAGAGUGAAUAUUUUGUGAUAUCUUUGUAUUAUAUAUGUAUCACAAAUGACAAAUGUUUCAACGCAACGGAGCAAAUGCCACAACUCGCCUCGCGUGCAACCAGCAUCUCUACUCAGACAUUGAAAUGCCAGAUGUUGCAAGUUCAACUACAAUUGGAGGCAAGACAACUUUAACUAAGAAACUACUUCUUACUUUAUUGGUACUUGCCCAGAUAUGUUUCAUUUCUUGCCUAUGGUUGUUACAGCUAGGAGAUGGCCUCAAUACCAGCUUAAAUGAGGUAACUGCGCAAAAUGGUAACACCAAAGGCUUUGCAACUAAUACUGACAACUUAGCUAAUAAGCCACGCAGGGGAACAUUGCAUGGUAUGAGACGUGUUAAUUUUAUAACCAAUUCCGUAAAUGUUAGUUUAACCGAUACUGCGGUCAGUAAAGGAGUAUUAAAGCACGAAUUAUCGCAAGCUGUGAUCGAAAAGAGUCAAUCAGGGAAAGAAAGCAAUUUUAGAAAAGACUUUUAUCUUAAACUGAACAGACUGAAUAAAACCAUAGAAUAUAGAAAUAGAAGCGGGUUUUUGCCUGAGUUGGACAACGAUGUAUUGUGGUGCUUCCGUAAAGGAAGUAUCGACGAACAAUCUCAAAUAUCGAAUGAUGAAGCUGCACAGGAUGUUGUACUUUCUUGGGAGGAAGAAAACACACAAUGCAAGUGUAGAGCUGGUUGGCAUGGGCGUGAUUGUGGACAACCAGAGGUUAUGUGGCGUGCAUUGUUAACGUCGAAAUCACAUUUUCAACUGCAACACCCAACUAAGACGAGGCAUCCCAAUCGAUUAGUUUACUUGUUGGAAGGAAAUUUUUUUAAUUUGGAUUUACUGGAUUUACAAAUAAGUAUGCUCGCCGAUAUAGUUGACUAUUUCGUAAUAUAUAUAAAGCCAGCACGAAAGGAUUUUAAAACAAUUCAGCACUGGUUAAAAGAAACGCUCCCAGCUAAUAAAUAUAUGAUUUACCAGUGUGACCAAGUGUAUACGUUAAAUAAAGAUAACUGUACCAUCAAACAGGCGUAUGCACAUUUCCGUCAACAGCUGCAGCACAACCAACUCAAACUAUUACCACUAAAAUCAAGCGAUCUGAUACUUUAUACCGACGAUCGUGUGUUACCAUCACCGGAAGCGCUGCAAUUUCUUAAAUAUUAUGCAAAGGAUGUACGUAAUGUACUUUUUCGACUGAAGUAUGUCGUCUAUGGUUUUUAUUGGCAACAUCCAAAACAAACCUAUCUUAAUGGUCUUAUAAGUUCCUUUGUCCAUAUGGACAACCCAAGCCAAAUAAGUGGUGACGAAAGUGAUUCAUCAAAGAUAUUUGAAAUAAGCCUUACAGCAAAUAAUCAUCCAGCACCUUUUGUCAUCGGCGAUUUAAAUCACUUUGGCGGCUGGUUUUGCAAAUACUGCCAGCAGCCGGAAGAAAUUGUCGCCGAAUUACAAGCUGAAACUAGUUCCUUGACACAAGUUCAAUUUGCCGAUACUGUAAGAGAUCACAAUAUUGAUGUGGCCUAUUUACAAAAACUUAUUGCAACCGGGGUUUACGUUGACGGGAAAAUGCAGCUUCUGCGCAAUCGUCGAUAUUCGGAUAAAUACUUUGCUCCCGCAUUGGCAGAAACAGAUAAUUCAAAAUAUGGAAAUCUAUUGGUUAAUUUAUUCGAGUCAUUUGAUGAUGACAUUGAAUACGAAGCCGGAAAUUACUAAGAUGUGAGAAAUGUCAUAAUAUUCUUGCCUUGGCGCCUACAGACCGCUCCAAAUUGUGAAACAUUCAAAAUAUGUUUAUUACUUGUCAAAAAUAGAUUGGAGUGUCAUGAAUUGUGAAAAUCCUUCAACAGCUUAAUCAUCAUUUCAGCUAAAUAUAUAUGUAUACAUAAGAAGUUAUUCAACUCUUGUGCCUAAUAAGUUUAAAUCGAAAUUAUUCUUAUCAUAAGUAUCAUUUGUAAAAAAUUUCUUCAAGAAAAUACAAAUAGUUAUUUCAUCAUAUGAACCACUAUUCGCUGGAUAACAUCAAGAUGACACCAAAAAUAAGUUGGGAUCAUCAUACAUAUUCAAAAGUUUUGUUCAUGAAAUGAAUUUACACUCAUUACUACUAGUUAUAGUAAAAAAUUACUACUUUUUUUUUUUAAAUCGAAUGUUUAUCAACAAUUUAAAAAUGCAAUAUGAUUCUGCAGAGCUCCCGAAAAUUAAAAUUUUAAAGUGCUUGUAUUUUAUCAUACAUUACUGAUGUCUUAGAUGGGUGUAUGCACAAGAAUUAUUAAUGCUGCAGUAAAAACAUAUCAACAAUAACCUUUGUUAAAUGAAAUUAAUAAAUAAAUAAUGUAAUAUGAAUUAUGUAUUAUACCCAUUUUCUUAUACCAUAAUUAUUAAAACUGAAAAUACAGACUAUUAUAUCUACGAAUGUGGUAGAUCACGCAUAGCUUAUUAAAAAUCAAUUAUAAUUAUUGAGGAUUCAAAUUUUAUAUAAAAUGCUGUGAUAAAGUUAUUGGGAUUAGAAACUAAAAUGAUUUUUUUUAGUUAUUAAA